AUGGCUAAAAGGAAAAGAGAAGCCGCCACGAAUGGCAAUGCUGCGGGAAAACUAAGCUCGGCAAAAAAGCCCAAGGCGCCCAGUCGACCGGGGCAAGCUUUACCGUUCAAGGUAAGCGGGGAUGGCAGUGUGACGAUUCAAAUCAUCGCCGGAUCCUACGAUCGAGUUCUACAUGGCAUCACGGCCACAACCAGGUCGCCGCCUACCUCUUCUGUUGCGAAACCGAGCUCCAAAAUCAGCGGGCCGGCAGCUCAGAAAGCGGUAGACUUUGCCGACACAUUUCUCUUCAACGCACACGCCUCGGCCAUCCGCUGCCUCGCUUUGUCGCCGCCAUCCGAACCUAUACCCGGCCAGCCGCAGAAGGUAUUCCUCGCCACUGGCAGCACAGACGAGCGCAUAAACAUCUAUAAUCUGUCAGCACACCCGCCGUCUUCCCGGGCCGCCGACGAACAGAAACUGCUCUCGGCCGUCACACCACGCCCGAUCCUCGAGAACCCAAAGAACCGGGAGCUGGGCACGCUCCUACACCACACGUCGAACAUCACGAAGCUCGUUUUCCCCAGCCGGUCUAAGCUCCUAUCCGGCUCAGAAGACAGCACAAUAGCCGUCUCGCGUAGCCGCGAUUGGGCGCUUCUGCACACGUUCAAGUGCCCCGUACCCAAAGUUAUAGGCCGCCCAAGCGGCGACACGGCAGCGCUGGGAGGCGUCCCGUCGGGGGUCAACGACUUUGCGAUCCACCCAUCCAGCAAGAUCAUGAUUAGUGUUAGCAAGGGCGAACGGUGCAUGCGACUGUGGAAUUUAGAGACGGGAAGGAAGUCACGCGUGCUGAACUUCUCACGCGAGACACUGACCGAGAUUGGCGAGGGCCGGCACUCGACCGGCGAGGCGCACAGCAUUGUGUGGGGCCGUUCCGGAGGCGAGGACGAGUUCGCAGUGGCCUUUGAUCGGGACAUCUUGGUGUUUGGCAUGGACUGCACGCCCAGGUGCCGGAUAUUGGGCGACACAAAAACCAAGGUGCACAAGGUGUGCUACGUUCAGACAGGCGCCACCCCCGACGAAACCGCGCUGGCUGUGGCCACGGAGGAUGGGAGGGUUCUGUUUUACUCGACGGACAAGACGGACCUCCAAGACCCACCCAAGUCUGAGGCGAAGCCGGCCCGUACCCUGCCCUCGGCGAAGCUGGUUGCCCAGCUGGGUGGCAAAGAGGCGGGCGUCUUGACCAGAAUCAAGGACUUUGCUAUCCUGCCCGUUGAGAGCGAGGAUGGACAGAGGUCGUGGUACGUUGUCACGGGGAGCAGCGACGGCAAGCUUCGUCUGUGGCGUCUGGAGGCCGGCGACCUGCAAGCGGGAGGCAAGAAGAAGGGAUCGGCUGGCAAGCUCCUCGAAACCUAUGAGACACAGAAUAGGAUCACAUGUGUGGAAGCAUUCAUCAUGAUACCCCGGCCGGAAGGAGUGGAGGACAGCGAGUAUGAGUAUAACGACGACAGCUCCGACGACGACGACAGCGAAGGAGACGAGUGA